AUCUUCGCAGGGGGUGUGGGCGUAGUCUGAGUUGGGGGACUAACCAUUUAACACUCAUUUAAAACCCUUGUGAGCACCACACCCUUCUCACUUGUCUUCGAAAGUCAACUAGGAAAGGGAGCAUCCUAAGUCCUAACCAAUCCAGACCUACAAACAUCUUUUCUUUUUGUAAAAAAAGUUUACAAAGUCGAUCACAAUGUCUGAUGCGCUGGCCAAAUUUAAAGCUGGAAUGCCCAAGGAAGUUAUUGACGCGAUGAAACAAGAGUUCAAAGACAACUAUGACACAAACAAAGACGGCACCGUUUCUUGUGCAGAGUUGGCUAAAUUAAUGGACUGUCCUGAAGAAGAGGCUCAGAGAAUAAUCACGGGAGUCGAUGUAAACUGUGACGGGCGCAUGCAGUUUGACGAGUUUUUAUUGUACAUGGAAGGUUCAACCAAAGUGGAUUUGUACAGUUCAGAUGAGAUUAAAAAAAUGUUCGAUGACCUCGACAAAGAUGGCAAUGGGAGGAUUAGCCCUGAUGAGUUAUCCAAAGGAGUCGGAGAGAUUUCUACUAAGCUGGUCGAAUGUAUGGCCAAUAAAUUAAUUCAAGAAGCAGACAAGGAUGGCGAUGGUCACGUCAAUAUGGAAGAAUUCUUCGACACACUUGUGGCGAAAUUACCCUUGCGUAAGGAUUUUGGCAUGACUGAGAAACUAUUAGAACGUUUCAAAAAAUGCUUUCACGAAGAUUUUGACAAAAAUGGUGAUGGCAGCCUUACAACUCUAGAGAUGGGUCAACUUUUGAAUAGAAAUCUUCCGGGCCGAUAUUCCGAAGAGCAGAUUAAUAAAAUGAUUAGUCGGGUCGAUCUUAACGAUGACGGACGUGUGCAGUUUGGCGAGUUCUUGAUGCAUGCGCAGAAUUUGAGCAAGGAUGAUAUUAAAAACCAGUUCAUGGCCAUCGACAAAGACAAGAAUGGGAAGAUCAGUCCUGAAGAGAUGGUAACCGGAAUCAAAGAAAUUUAUGCUUGCAUGGUCGACUCUGAGGUCGCUAAGUUAAUCAAAGAAGUGGACAGGGAUGACAGUGGCUGCGUCGAUAUUCGGGAAUUCCGUAGAUUGCUUCUUGUCCUAAUCCCCUUUAUGAAUUGAAUGAAACCAACAGUCUUUACUGUCCCAUUUGCCUUGGAUGUGCCGUCUCCAUAAAGGAACAUCAAGACAAAAACAUUUUGUCUGGACAAGGGUGACAAGAAUACGAGAUUCCUUGCAACAACAUGACAAGAAAACAUCCAGAAAUAUGUGGCUGUGAAAUGUACAAAUAUCAGCUAAAGUUGAAUAUUGGGAACGAUUGAUUUAUAAGAGAUAAGUGUGGGUGGGGGGGGGUGUGAAAUGUACACGUAUCAGCUAAAGUUGAAUAUUGGGACCGAUUGAUUUAUAAGAGAUAAGUGCGGGGGGGGGGGGCUGUGAAAUGUACACAUAUCAGCUAAAGUUGAAUAUUGGGACCGAUUGAUUUUAAGAGACAAGUGGGGGGGGGGGGGGGGGCUUUGAACUGUACCCAUAUCUGCUAAAGUUGAACAUUGGGACCGAUUUAUAUUUAUGAGAUAAGUGUGAACAAGAGCGUCUUCUGCAAGCAAUUUUCGGAUGAUAUUAGGUUCUAUGGAUUCGGGUAUAGGCGUGGUGUUGCGGCUAGCACCCGCCUUCGUUACGUCAAAUUUAUUCGAGUAUACAUGCGACACAACAUAUGGAUUGAUUAUACUAGUCAUCAAUUUUGUUUAAUACACGAACUGAACCCAUCAUUUACACAUCAUGUAGAUGACAAAACGAACAAAGAUUGACUAUUUUGAGCAUUAUAUUAUAUACGCCAUAGAUUCUAUUGAUUAUACGCAAUUAUAUUAAUUACAAUAUCAUAUGUACCAGAGUUUAUAUUAUCAUGAUUAUAGGAGUUUAUGAGAGGGAUGUACGAUUCUUUUAGACAAAUGUUAUUUACUAUCGGGUUGCUGAAUGAAUAAAGAUUGUUACAAAAUAUAGAUGAUUUGGAAAAUGCAAACCAUUUCGUAUUUAACAAUGACAA